AUCCAUAAGAUCCUGCAGAUUUCGGUGUUGGUGGUGGAGCUCCUGGACACGGGCUCCUCCGUGCUGGUGAGCCUGGAAGAUGGCUGGGACAUCACCACGCAGGUGGUCUCCUUGGUGCAGCUGCUGUCGGACCCCUACUACGGGACGCUGGAGGCCUUCCGCCUGCUCGUGGAGAAGGAGUGGCUGUCCUUCGGGCACCGCUUCAGCCACCGCGGGGCCCAGACCCUGGCCGGCCAGAGCAGUGGUUUUGCCCCCAUCUUCCUGCAGUUCCUGGACUGCGUACAUCAG